ACUACAGAAUGAACAGUGUCUACAGAAUUUUGAUCUCACUGAAUACAGAGAAGUUCUUUCAGAUACAGCUGUAGAAAUCUACCAGUAUACUGAUGUGCCAACCACAUUACAGCCCAUAAUUCAGGCUGCCCACUUGCUACAGGCUCGUAAGCUGGAUGAAGAUGUUCAGCAUGUAUGCAAUAUGUGUGAUAAACUUUCAAUGUUGCAGAUAAUCAAAAUACUCAAUCUGUAUACAACCAUUGAUGAAUCUGAAGAAUGUGUUCCUGUCAGCUUUAUUUGUAGAAUACAGGCCAAGCUCCUGGAAAGAAGUGAACCUCAGAAACAGGCCACAUUGCUGAUGGACACAAAAUUCAUGUUCCCAGUAAGAUUUCCUUUUAAUCCAUCAAAAAUCAAGCUUGAAGAUAUAGAAGUACCAGAGGUGUUGAACCUACCAAUGCUGAAGAAAGUUUCAACUUGUGAGAGUAGUGUUCAUCAGGAAAACAGAAAUGUGCCCUACUACAAGGUUUACGUAGAUUUCCUUCUGGAGAUCUGAGUUCUGAAGUAAUAAAUGUAAAAAUUGUAAUGAGAUAUGUAUUUAAUGUUAAACAGU